AUGCUCGCGACAGCCUCGCCGCACCUCCACGCCGCGGCGCAUCGCCUCUCCCUGGCGGCGCCCGCGCGCCUCCCGUUAAGGCGCCCCCUCCGCUACCCGUCGCUGCGCCUGCGCGCCUCGGCCGCGGCGGAGGCCGCCCCGUCCGCGAAGGAGGGGGCCGAGGCGCUGGGGUUCGAGGAGAUGGCCGCCCGCACGACGCGGCGGUACUACAUGCUCGGCGGGAAGGGGGGCGUCGGGAAGACGAGCUGCGCGGCGUCGCUGGCCGUGCGCUUCGCCAACAGCGGCCAUCCCACCCUCGUUGUCUCCACCGACCCUGCCCACUCGCUGAGCGAUUCGUUUGCGCAGGAUUUGACUGGCGGGGCUCUCGCACCUGUCGAAGGUACCGAUUCGCCAUUGUUUGCGCUUGAGAUAAAUCCUGAGAAGUCUCGUGAAGAGUUUCGGACAAUAAAUCAAAAGAAUGGAGGGACCGGAGUAAAAGAUUUCAUGGAUGGCAUGGGCCUAGGGAUUCUUGCUGAGCAGCUUGGGGAGUUAAAACUGGGGGAGUUAUUGGACACACCACCACCAGGAUUGGAUGAAGCAAUAGCAAUUUCAAAGGUUAUACAAUUCCUCGAAGCACCGGAGUAUAGCAUGUUUAGCCGCAUUGUAUUUGACACUGCUCCUACGGGCCAUACACUCCGAUUAUUAUCUUUGCCAGACUUCCUUGAUGCAUCCAUUGGGAAGAUCUUGAAGCUUAGGAGCAAGAUUGCUUCAGCAACAUCUGCUAUUAAGUCAGUAUUUGGACAAGAAGUUCAACAGCAGGAUGCAGCAAACAAAUUGGAGCAACUCAGAGAAAGGAUGGUCAAGGUGCGAGAGCUUUUCCGUGAUACAGAAUCGACUGAAUUUAUUAUUGUGACGAUUCCAACGGUCAUGGCAAUCAGUGAAUCAGCGAGAUUGCAUUCUUCCUUGCAAAAGGAAAGUGUUCCUGUAAGGAGACUUAUUGUUAACCAAGUUCUACCACCUUCAUCAUCAGACUGUAAAUUUUGUGCUAUAAAAAGAAAGGAUCAAACACGUGCUUUGGAUAUGAUAAAGAGUGAUCCAGAGUUGAUGGGGUUGAACAUAAUGCAAGCACCUCUCGUGGACAUGGAAAUUAGAGGAGUUCCUGCUCUGAAGUUUUUGGGUGAUAUAGUGUGGAAGUGACCUUAGUUUGCGGAAAAAAUGUGAUAACUUCAGUGGAACUACUUGAUCGAUACAACUGUUUAUCCAAUCCAAGUUCUUUAGAGCUACUGGGUAGAAUCCAGCUUAGCAGAUGUCCAUUCCUAACGUGAGUAAAUAGCACAUAAAACCAGAGGGUUUCACUGAGCUAGCAUAUGAGCUUUGCUAUACUUGGCAGUAAUACAAGAUUGGUUACACAGUUGCA